UUCCACAGACCCAGUAUCCGACACGCUCCUUGGGACCCUCUCUAAGAAUGUCUUGCUUUCUUGAACUACACGCACACAUAUCUAGACUUCCCUCUGAACUGAGAAAACCUUACCUUUGAACUCAACUUUGCGGGUGGUUGAUGGGUGCUCUGAUAUGGUUUGCUCCUUUCACGUGAAACUUUUCUUGUCCUUGUCUCACCUCCUUUUUUGUGUUUGUUACUAUUUUGCAAGACCUCUAAUCUUAGGCACCUAUGUGGGCCUCGUUGUGUUUCAAGUGCCGUAAAAAAAACCUCUUAUUAAAAUUAAAUGAACUCAACCUUCCCUCACUUCUGAGCCCCGCCCACAUUUUGAUCCGCCCACGCAACGGGGUACAUCUCGCUGUCUGAUAACGGACGCGCCAAAGCUACAAGUGAUACGAGUGCCCAGCAGACGGCCUUGCUAACUAUAACGCUAGUGAUGACGUCAGAUUCAAAGAUAACAACCAAAACAAGACAUGUUACAGAGUAGCUGCUUUGUCACCUGUUACGAUUCGGGGUAGGCGGUAAGCCACUAUUCCGUGAUAGAUCUGGCGGAAGCAGGGACGGGUGCUUUUUCUCUCUUCUUGUGGUCACGGAGAUGAUUCCAGCACUGUAAGCAAAUGUCCCAAAUCGAAAGAUUGUAAACUUUACACAAGGGACGCUCAUCACAAACCACGCCCAUCACAAGCCACGCCCAUUUUCCCACGGCUGACCAGUGAGUGACGUAUGACGAACCAGGUGGAAGCACCGACGCCACGCCCCCGCUACGCGUGGCCCCGCCCCGCCUCUCAAAGUAGCCGCCAUGGGUCAGGCUGGAUGUCACGACUAUGGCGCAAUGCUCCUGUCUAUAGAUGUACCAGCCAUGGUGUGUAGCUGUUGCCUGUCGGGCAUGGCCCUGUUCGUGCUGUCUGUGGCUCUCAGACGCUGCUCACUCCGCCUACUGCUCGCCUACCGGGGCUGGAUGUACGAAAACAAACCUUCACUAAGCACGAAGCUGUGGGGCCUUCUGGUGUACAGCAUGUCAGGCUGGAAGCCCUCCCUCUACAACUGUCAAUCAAGUUUGCCCCGCCUCCCGGUACCACCCCUCGCCACUGCCAUUCAACAGCUGAUGGAGUCUUUUGAACCUCUCUAUCAAGACGACCCGAAGACAUUGGAGGAGCUGAAGAGAGAAGCGGAGAAGUUUGUGACAGGAGUGGGCCCCAAGCUACAGCGAGCUCUGGUGUUACGGUCGUGGUGGACGGAGAACUUUGUCAGCGACUGGUGAGCGGCUGGAGUUGUGUACCAAUUGCUCCUGGUCUGGGAACAGAUCCUGUCAGAAGACCUGGAGCCGCUGCGUAUACGAGGCACGGUGCCAGUGUGCAUGGCCCAGUACAGGCGGACCUUUUCCACCACCAGCAUGUAAUAGUCAACCGUCGUGGUCUGCUGUAUAAAAUGGACGUGACGGACAUCAACGGUCGCCUGGUCAGUCCGACAGCCCUGGAGAGCCAGCUGGAGUGGAUUGUGCAGGACGCUGAUGCCAGAUACAGCCAAGUACCAGAGAGUGAGCGUCUGGUUCCUGCACUGACCGCUACUGACCGCUCUGACUGGGCUCGUGCACGGACCGAGUUCUUCUCUCAGGGGGUCAACAAGGACACUCUCAAAUGGGUGGAAUCAGCUGUUUUGCAUAUUGUCCUUGACACUCAUUCUUACGAUGACCUGUCGUCUCGUGCUACUCACCUUCUGCAUGGCAAGACAGGGACCUACUGGUUUGACAAGUCUAUCGAGGUGGUGGUGAUGACCGACGGACACUUCGGCCUGAACUGUGAGCACAGCCUGGGGGAUGCCCCUGUGAUUGGACACAUCCAAGAAUUCAACCUGACAUACGAUGUCAUUAAGAAGUACUACUCAGAGGAGGGGCAUGCCACUGACCCGCCCCUAACCAAGCCCACCCAGCCCUCUGAGCUCCGCAGCAAACCGACGCCCCUGCAGUGGGAAGUGGGCACUGCUCUGGCUGCUGCAAUAAACAGAGCAUACAGUCAGGCAGACAAGGCCUCAAUGACGCGGUUGUACAAAGCCGGACGUACGGAAACUGUCCGCUCUCUGACGUCAGAAGCUAAACAGUUUGUGGAAACGUUCCUGGACGCUGAGAAGCCAGAGGAGGAAAAACGUGCACUUUUGAAGGCGGCGUGCGAGCGUCACGCCAAAAUGUACAAGGAUGCUAUGAAUGGAAAGGGAAUCGACCGACAUCUUUUUGCACUCUACGUUGCUAGUCGAGGCUUAGGCAUUGACUGUGAGUUCCUCAAACGUGUUUUGUCCAUUCCCUGGACGCUGUCCACCAGUCAGCAGCCGCAGCAACAGAUCGAGUGGUCCCCCACUUGCAGCAACCCCAAAUUCCGCGACCAGGUGUGUCCAGGCGGAGGGUUUGGCCCCGUGUCUGACGACGGUUACGGCGUGUCCUACAUGGUGGCCGGAGAGCAUCGCGUGUUCUUCCAUGUCUCCUCACGGCGCUCCACUCAGGCCACGGACUCUGCUGUCUUUGUCAAGACUCUUCAGGAAACCAUGUCUGAAAUGAAGGCACUCUACGGCCAGUAGAUAGAUAUUGAUAUAUAUAUAUAUAUAUAGGAACUGCCCUCUUCAUCUCUUUCUUGUGUGGUAAAAGUUUUACACUGCUUGCAACUGCAUAAGGUCAAAUGACUGUACUCUCUUUCGUGUGCCUAAGAUGGUCAGUGAAGAUCUCAACAGGAAGCUAUGUAUUUUUUAUUUGACAGCAUUUAAUAGGAUUUGCAAAAUAAAGAGGAUCCAGGUUUUCUUGAACAAGUGUCUAAGAAAGUUACUGAGGAUCAGAUGGACAGACAUCACUGACGAGGAAGAAUCAAAGAAAACAAGAC